AAAAACUCCUCCAGAAAGCAAAGAGGAGUGGGAGAAGAGAGAGAUAGAGUACAGCUCCGAUGUGAGCAUUUUCUACGCAGAGUCGCAGCUGCGUCCGGGAGCUGCCAUUUUCCACGCUGCCCCCUUCGGCGCCAUCACAUGCCUCCUCGCUUCCUCACUUAAUUGCUCUCCUCUCUCUCUCUCUCUCUCUCUCUCUCUCUCUCUCUCCCUUUUGCAGAGCUGUGCAAGUGCAGUCUGUAAGUUUAUUGACUUACUGUGUUGGGAACGUGAGGACUGUCCAGCAUCUGGAGUUACUUUUGGCUUGUUCUAUUGACUCAUGAUCAACGCGACGAUCUGGAGGAUGACGAGGAGAAUGAAGUGGUCUGUGUUCCUCUGAGGCUGCGAUCUGUCUUCUUCUUCGUCCGGCUGAAGAUUUUUCUUUUUUGAUUUGUCCUUCCUACCUCUGGAGUUAGAAAAUUGAAUGAUUCGGAGAUCGCUAUUGUUGGAAGCUAGUGGCGCUGAAUUUCGAGUGCAGAGAUCGUCGAUCUCUCUUGGCUUGAUUUUAUGACCUACCAUUGAUGCAUGGUGAAGGACAGGCGAAUGUGCACGUUAUAUUGAUGUUGUCCUUCUGAACAUUUGGAUGAUUCUUUUUUGGGAGGUGAUCAUCAUUCUCCUGGUUGUACCUGAAAAUAAUGUCAAAAAUCACGAAGUGGAAGUCUGAGAAGAUAAAAGUGAAAGUUGUUUUUCGCUUGCAAUUUCAUGCUACUCAUGUUCCACAGGCAGGAUGGGACAAGUUGUUCGUGUCCUUCAUACCUAUGGACACUGGAAAAGUGACGGCCAAAACAACUAAAGCAAAUGUCCGGAAUGGGAAUUGCAAAUGGUCAGAUCCAGUCUAUGAAACCACAAGGCUACUCCAAGAUCAUGGAAACAAGAAAUAUGAUGAUAAAUUAUACAAACUGGUGGUGGCAAUGGGCUCUUCCCGGUCCAGUAUCCUUGGGGAUGCUACCAUCAAUCUUGCUGAUUAUGCGGAUGCAGGAAAACCUGUUUCUAUUUCUUUGCCUCUUCAAGGAUGCACGUUUGGAACUGUUUUGCAUGUCACAGUCCAGCUGCUUACUUCCAAAACUGGGUUCAGAGAAUUUGAGCAGCAACGGGAGCUUAGAGAAAGAGGAAUUCAGAUGCUUACUGGUUCAGGCAUUCAGCAUGAAACAGAUAGUAAAGUAGCAGUGUUCUCAGAACCCUCCAAUCGUCAGAAUGAAAAGGCAAGUGCAAAAGUCAGAGUCAAAUCAGAUGGAGGUUUUCCAACACUUGAAGCGGAAGGAGAGAUGAAUGAAGACAUUGCAGAUUCAGUAGUCAAUGCUGAUGGAUCAUCAUGUACUUCAGAAAGCUUGUAUACAGAGAAACACGAUAAUUCUAGCACCCAUGAAAAUGAGAGUCUCAAGAGCACAGUAUCCGGUGAUAUGGGGCAUCUCUCUAAUAACCAGAUUACUGGCCUUGAAAAUGUGGGAGUAAGUGUUCAUCAGCUCAUGCCACAAGGGAGUGCUGAUUGGGUUCAUGGUUGGUGUUCAAACAUUUCUCUGUAUAAUGAUUCAGCUGCUGUGUAUGAAGAGAAUAGUAAACUCAGAGCAUGCUUGGAGGCUGCUCAGUCCUCCAUCUUGGAUCUUAAGCUUGAAGUAAGCACUUUAAAUGCUCAAACUCAUGAAAUGGUUUCAGAAACACAAAAUCUUGCUGAGCAGCUGGUUGUAGAAAUAGCGUCGGGAGAAGAAUUGGCAAGAACAAUUUCUUCCCUAAAACUUGAGUGUGCCAAAUUCAAAGAUGACUUUGAAAAAGCCAAAUUGCACAAUGGAAAUAACAAAGCUGUUGGACCAUUGGUAUAUGCAAAUGAAAAAAUUGGGAGAAUCAGUGCACAAUAUGGACAAUAUAACUUGUUGGGCGUGCAAAAUAAGUAUGGCCAACCAGGUAAUGUAUCAUCUAUUGUUAAGCUUAAGAUGAUUUCUCCUUUAGAAAGUUCUGACUUCUUUACAAAUGAUUCAGAGGCAGAUUGGCUGCAGAAUCUGUUUCUUUUGGAAGAUAAAAUCAAAAUUAUCAAAGACAAGGCAUGUCUCCAAAACUUGGAAAGUGACCUUGGGCUUGUUGCUGACUUGGAGUCUCUGGAGCAUCUCAUUCUCGGUCUUAGACACAGUGGUCAAAAUUUGGUUCAUUCUCUGAAUGCUGGACUGAUGACUAAAUCAGAUCUUCAUGACCCUGUAAAAGGGCCAGAGAGUACUUCACUUUUGGAGAAAACUUCUGGGGUGGCUCAGUUUCAGAAAUCUGAAGGAAUACCAGAUAACAUUUUUCAUCACACGGGUGUCCUUUCAAUGGCAAAUGUAAAACAAUGUCACAGACAAGGUUUCUUUCACUGUUCUAAUGUAUCGAACAGCAUGCCGGUGGAACUUGGUCAUGACAUCUUUAUUGAAAUGAAAGAAAAGAUAAACGGGCUCUCUAAAGAGUUGGAUGAGUCUCAAGCUGAGAAUAGCAAUCUCACAAAGAAAAUGGAUCAGAUGGAGUGUUACUAUGAAACACUUAUUCAUCAACUUGAAGAAAGCCAGCAGCGAAUGCUUGCAGAACUACAGGCGGUCAAGGAUGCUCAUUCUUCUUGCAUCUACACAAUUGCUACUUUAGAAAGUGAAGCCCGGAAACUGCAAAAAGAGAAUGAUGAGCGGUUCAGUAAGUUUCUAGCAGAAAAACAUGCACUAAGUUCAGUUAACUUGGAACUCGAGAAUAGGGCUCUUAUAUCUGAAAUGGCACUUGCAAGGCUCAGGCAGAAUUAUUCUCUUUCAGUAGAUCAGCUACUAAAGGACCUUGAGACACUUUCAUUCCAGGUUUUGUCAAUGUAUGAGACGAAUGAAGACCUUUCUAGACAACCAUUUACUGAUGCAGCUCAACCAUCCUUGGAAAGAAGCAAUGAUGAGCAGUCAGAAGAAACGUGUUCCCCUCUGGUUAAGUUUGACUCCAUCAACACUUUAUUGAAGGCACAACAUAUAACCAAAAGGUAUGGAACUCAGGCUGAUGCUUUUCUCAUAGAUAAGAGCCAAAAAAGUUCAUUGCAAGCAAAAACUGUAAGUCUGGAAUCUGAGGGUCACGUGGCAGUGAAAGAAUGUCAUGGUGCAGAAAGUAAAGAUGCUUAUUUCAACUCAUCUGGAGUCCAAUACUUGGAAGGAACUUAUAAAGAUAAGCAUUACAAAUUGUCAAAGUCGGAAGAAGAUAGAGAGGUGGAUAAUGCUCACUUGGUUGCAUUGAAUAGAAGGAAUGGUGACUUGAUGCCCCGUCUAGAGCAGCUUAGUUCAGAGCAAACUCUACUUGCAGAUGAAGCCAUCUUAGUAGGAAAGCAUCUUAAAGGUUUAUCUGCAAAUAAUUUGUUCGGCUGUCAGAAAGAUGAAGUAUGUGUACCUGGUGACUUUUCUAGGUCUGGUUCAGAUUCUCUAUUAGCUGACAAAGUUGAAAUACUGGAGUAUCAGUCAGAAAAUAAAGAGCUUAAGAGAAGGAUGUCUGAGCUAGACUUCCUUUUAGAAGAGACAAAACAUUCACUUUUCUUGCAGGGAAAUCUCCAGCAGAAGUCCGAAAACAAACUGAAAGAGAUGGAAAUGCUGAACUUGUACUUGGAAAUAUUUUCUCUUGUAUUACUGGAAACUGCACGUGGAGCACAAUCCGAGAUCAUGGUGAUGCAGGCAAAGCAUGAUGAACUUAUUAGGCAGCUUCAACAAUCUACAAGCCUAAAGGAGCUUUUGAUUAUUAAGUUGCAGGCUGCAUCUGACCAUGUCAAAGUACUCCAGGAAAAUGAGGCAAAGUGUGAUGUUAGAUGCGACGAAUUGAUCCUAAAAUAUAACUUUGUUGAGAACAAUUUACAGGAUCUUUUAAAAGAAAAGAAUGUUCUCAUUCAAAAGCUCAAGGACUCCGAGAUGAGGAUCAUAGAUUUGGUCGACUUCAAACACAAUUAUGAUGCCUGCACUGUAGAGAACGAAGAAAUGAAACAUUUGUUAGAAAAGGAAAAGUGGGAAAAGGUCAAUCUUCAAAAUGAGAUUCUCUCAUUGAAAAGUUACUUGAAAACUUUAAGACUAGAUCUAGAUAAGGAGUUGUCCAUACGAGCUGACAGGGAGAAAACAGUUGCUUCCUUGCAAUAUAGGUUGGAAAGUUUAAGGAGAAAAAUGUCUUCAUUCAAUGAAAGCAUAGUAGGUGGAGUGACUGGCACCAACACAUCAAAGGAGUUCAAUGGCAAGGACAUUGAGGAAGCCUUCUCCCACUUGGAACAACUUCAGCAGGAAGCUUGUGGAAAGUUUCUUCAACUUUCUGAAGAAAAGAAGGAUACUGAGAAUAAACUUGGACAUUUAGAAUCUCAGAUUACAAUGAUAAAAGAGAAGGCUGAAGCAGAUGCUAAAAUACUGGUGAAAAAGUUGGAAGCAUCCAGUGCAAAUUCAGAAAAAGUCCAUGGAGAACUAGCUGAAAUGACCAAGAAGUAUAUGCUUGCAACUGAAGCAGGAAAAACCCUUUUGCAGGAGAAAACAAAACUCUUGGAGGAGCUUUCAGGCGUAAAGAUGGAGAUGCAAUCUGUUUUCAAGGAAAAGAACAUCCUUGCGCAGAAAGUAUCGAGUUCUGAAAGUGCUGCUGAGGAGCUUAAUCAGACUAAGGUGAUUCUUAAUGAUUGUAUUUCAGAAAACAAGGGUUUAAAAUUUUCUCUCCAGUCUGCAAAUGAAGAGUCAAUCAAGCAGGUGACGGAACUGGCUUGCUUGAAAGAAACUUUGAGAUGUUUGCAGGAUGAGCUGCAGAGUGUAGGAGGCUCCAAAGAAAAACUUGAAACUGAACUUGCAAAUCUUGCUUCCCAGUUGAAUGAGAAACAACAUAUGGAUCUGAAGAGGCAGGCUGAGCUGGAGUUUCUUUUGGAAGAAACAAAGGUUUCACUGACCCUGAAGGAAGAGCUGCUACAAAAGAUGGGCCAUGAAAUGGCUGAGAAGGAAAGACUAAAUGUGUACUCGGAGAUUUUUUCCUUGGUGUUACAUGAAACACUCACAGGGACACAUGCUGGUAGUAUGAGCUUGAAAGAAAAAAAUGAAGAACUUACAAGGCAGCUUGGGCACGCCAUUGAAUCAAAAGACCUACUGAUGCUUAAGUUACAAACUGCAUUGGCUACUAUUGAAGCACUGCAGGAAAAUGUGGCAAAAAGCAUGGCUAAAUAUGAUGACUUGAUUUUACAAAAUACUGCUCUUGAAGAGAAAAUGCAUUGUGUUGUAGAGGAAAAUAGUCAUUUUGCUGAAAGGUUCAAGGAAUGUGAGGUCAUGGCUGUAGAAGCCCUUAGCUACAGACAGAAAUACGAUAUUUGUAAUGCAGAAAAGGAAAAAAUGCAGAACUUAUUCGAAAAAGAAAAUCUGCAAAGAGUUACCCUUCAAAAUGAGGCCAUCUUAUUGAAGGAGAGCUUGAAAACUUUGAAACUUAAUUUGGACAAAGAGUCCUCUAAAAGAUAUGACCAGGAGAAACUAUUGGCUUUUCUAGAAGGUAGGCUGCAGGAACUGAGGAGGAAAAUGAUUUUCUUUGGAGAGGGUACUAUUGAAACAGCUGGUACUGACUUGUCAACGGAGUUGCACGGUGAGGAUAUGAGAACAAUUGUUUCUUAUAUUGAAGAGCUUCUUCAUAAAGCUCUUGAAAAGUUUCUCCAGUUCCAUAGGGAGAAGGAGGAAUCUGAGGAACGGUGGAAUAUUGCUCAAACGUCAUUAAAGCAUGCAGAAUCCCAGCAUUUGCUUGUGAAAGAGAAAUCUGAAAUGGAUGUAAAGAUCCUAACUGCAAAGUUAGAUGAAUCUAAUUCCAAACUAGAGCAGCUCCAUUCAGAAUUAGUUGAUAUAACUAGCAAAUAUAAAAUUGCAUCAGAAAUGGAAGAAAAACAUGUUGAAGAGAAAAGGGAACUUUCUGCAGAAAUUUCAAACCUGAAAGUUGAACUGCAAUCUGUUACAGAGGACAAUAAGAACCUUUUACUGAAACUGUUUAGUUUAGAGAAUUCUAUUGAAGAGCUUGAGAACUACAGAAAGAUGCUUGACAAUUACACCUCAGAAAAUAGAAGUUUGAGCAGUUCUCUCCAGAUUGCUAGGGAUGAGUCAAUUCAGCAUAUGAGAAAGCUGGAUUGCUUGAAAGCUAGGAUACAGGAACUAGGGAGGAAGAUGUUUUCCUUUGGUGACAGUAAUCCUGUUGAGACAGCUACUGGCUUACCAAAGGAGUUCGAUUGCCAAGAUAUAGAAACAGCAAUUUGCCAUGUUGAAGAACUUCAUCACAAAGCUCUUGAAAAGUUUCUCCAGUGCUAUCAAGAGAAAAAAGAAAGUGAAGAACAGCGGGAUUUUGCUCAAAAGUCCUUAAAGAACGCAGAAUCUCAGCUACUUCUUGUGAAAGAGAAAUCUGAGAUUGAUAUGCAAAUUUUAUUCAGCAAGCUAGAAGAGUCUAAUGCAAAACUGGAGCAACUCCAUGCAGAAUUAACUGAUAUGUCGGCCAAAUACAAGGUUGCAUCAGAAAUGGAUGUAAAACAUGUAAAAGAGAAUAUGAUCCUAGCUGCACAACUUUCAGACCUGAAAGUUGUGCUGCAAUCCGUUACAGAGGAGAAAGAAAACCUUCUCCAGAAGGUCUUCACUUUGGAAAAUUCUUUUAAGGAGGAGAUUGAGAACACUAAGCAGAUUCUUAAUGAUUAUAUUUUGGAGAAAGAAAGGUUGAGCAUUUCACUCCAAACUGCGAGGGAUGAGUCUGUCCAACAGAUAAAAGAGAUGAAUUGCUUGAACGGAAGAUUGCAGGAAUUAAGGAGAAAGUUGUUUUUCUUUGGUGAGAGUAGUGUUGUUGAAACUAAUGCUAUUGACUUGCCAAGAGAGUUGGAUUGUCAAGAUGCAGAAGCAGUCAUUUCUGAUGUUGAGAAACUUCAACAUAAAGCUCUUGAGAAGUUUCUCCAGUGCUAUCAAAAGAAGAAGGAAAGUGAAGAAGAACGGGAUUUAGCCCAAAGGUCAUUAAAGCAUGUGGAAUCUCAGCUUCUGCUUCUGAAAGAGAAGUCUGAGAUGGAUAUGAAAGUUCUGGUGGUCAAUAGAGAUGAAUCUAAUGCACGCCUAGAGCAACUCCAUGCAGAAUUAACUGAUAUGACCAGCAAAUAUAUGGUUGCAUCAGAAAUAGAAGAAAAACUUACAGAAGAGAACAGGAAGCUUUCUGUUGAACUUUCAGACAUGAAGGUCAUGCUGCAGUCUAUUACAGUGGAAAACAAGAAUCUUUUACAGAAGAUAUUUAGUUUAGAAAAUUCUUCUUAUGUGGAGAUUGAAAACCACAAGAAGAUACUCAAUGACUAUAUAUCAGAUAACAAAAAUUUGAGCAUUUCUCUCCAGAUUGCCAGAGAUGAGGCCGUCCAACAGAUGAGAGAUCUCAAUUCCUUGAAAGAACAUUGUAAAUGCUUGGAGGACGAGUUGCAUUGUGUUAGAGAGUCUAAGGAUCAACUUGAGGCUGCAUUUGCACAUCUAACGCUUGAAUUGAAUGAAAAGCAUGAGCAAAUGGUAUCUUUUUCAGAACAAAAGGCUGAACUAAUGCAACUCAGGAAACAGGUGUCAGAUUUGUUAGUGGAAAAUUCAAAUAUGAGGGAUCUUUUGUUACAUUCUGAAGAAUGCCAAGGGAAGUUGAGGGAAGAUAUAAAAUAUGCGGAAUCAAAACUCUGUGAUCUGGAAAAUAACAUGGUCAUAGCACAAGAAUCAUUGCUGAAAGCUGAUAUAGAAGUUAUUUUCCUAAAAAGUCAGUUACAUUCAAAAAUAGCAGAACUUUGCAAUCAGAUUGCGGCUCUGGAAAAUCAUCAAAUGAAGCUUCACUUGAAACUUCAAGCAACUGGUAUGGCUCUGGAUGAUCAAAUGGCAAAUGAAGCCCAAAGUUUAGCACAAAAUGCACAUCUAACAUUGGAUCUCUUAUCAUCAAGGUCAGAGCUCAACAUGUCUGCUGGGGAAGGCUUCAGAGAUGUUAGCAAUGAUCAGCCAAAUGUGGAAAGAUUUAAGAACGACAGUGAGAUUGAGCAUCUGAAUGGAAUAGUUAUGUGCCUUGAAGAAGAGGCCGAGGUUCUUAGAUCAUCUAGAGAUGAGUUGGAUAUUACUAACUUAAUUUUCGUGACCAAGUUGGAUGAACUGAAUAAUCAUAUAGCAUGCCUUAAUGAAUAUGGUGACGAGCUCAACAAAUUGCGAAUCCAACAUUCUGAACUUUCCCAGAGGCUGUCAGAGCAAGUCCUGAAGACAGAAGAGUUCAGGAACUUAUCUAUCUGUCUGCAGGAACUUAAACCGAGAACAGAGUCAAGUCAGGUCAAUGAGAGAAAGACAGCAGAUGGGCCUUCUGUUGCUUCACAGGAGUCUUUGAGGAUUGCAUUUAUCAGGGAACAGUGUGAGACAAAGCUGCAAGAUCUAAGAUCUCAGCUGCAUUUAUCAAGAAAACAUGGGGAAGAGUUACUGCUUAAAUUGCAAAUUGCACUUGAUGAGCUUGAAGCUCGAAAGAAAAGUGAGGCAAUCUGUAUGCGGAAAAAUGAAGACCUCUCCGCAAGAGUUCUUGAAUUGGAGGCUGAACUUCAAAGUCUACUAGAUAACAUGCGAGAAAAAGUCAAGGAUAACAAUCAGUUGAACACUGAAUUGGAAGUGUCAAGAUUAAGCCUUAUCUGUUGCAAGGAAGAGAAGGAAAAUCUUGAAAUAUCUCUGCAAGAAUAUCAGAAUCAGAGAAUGAAGCUAUUACUAGAGCUUAGCUCUGCAAAGGAAAAGUUGAAAGCUUGUGCUGCAUGCAAAUCUCAACAAGGGUUAAGUGCGGGAGAGGGUCUUCAUGGGAAGCAAAUAUAUAGUUCUUACAAUGGCACAAGCUCAACCAAUCCACUGAAUUCUUCGAACAAAGAUCCCUUGCAUGGGGAAGAUUUUGUGGCAGCACAAGCUUUGUUGAAUGAGGAAACCAAUCCUUUUCCACUGGGUAAUGCUGAACUGAAGGGUACUUCACCUGAAAAUUCGAGGUUGUUGCUGGUAAACAAAGGCAGACAAGCGGAUGAAGACAGGGAAGAGCUGGAACCUGCCAAUAGGCACAUCCAAGAGAAAAAUUUAUUUUCUAGCAUGGAGCGCUUGCAGAAAGAGCUAGAAAAGAUGAAAAACGAGAAUUUGGCUCCGUUGCUUGACCAAAAUGGACAUCAAACUGACAUGGUUUAUGAAGAACGGUUUCAAAGAGAAGUAUCACAACUGAACGUGGCAAAUGAACAAUUGGGUAGAAUAUUUCCUCGGUUCAAUGAAUUUCUGGAAAGUGGAAAUGCAUUAGAAAGAGUCCUUGCCUUGGAAAUUGAAUUAGCAGAAGCCCUGAAGUCAAAGAAGAAAGAUGAGAGACAUUUCCAAAGUUCUUUCUUGAAACAACAUCAUGAUGAAGAAGCAAUCUGCAAAAGCUUUCGAGACAUCAAUGAACUAAUCAAGGACAUGCUGGAGCUGAAGAAGAAAAACGCUACAGUUGAGACAGAGUUGAAGGAGAUGCACAACCGCUAUUCACAGCUCAGCGUGCAGUUUGCUGAGGUAGAAGGUGAAAGACAGAAACUAGUAAUGACCCUAAAAAACAUAAGGACAACCAGGAAGGCCUAGUUUUUUAGCCAUGGCAAGAAAAGCAUGUGAUCCUAAGAACAGUCGCAUUUUACAUAUUGGUGACAAUGGAGGUCAUGCCAAAGCAAAACGCCACAAGGUGACAGACUGUUUCAGUUGCUCCUGUGAUAUUCUUCCCCACUAAGACGUUAGAAGGAACUAGCUUCUGUAAAUAGCUGCUCAUGAUGCUAGGAGUACAGCACGAGAUACAACAUUCUGCAUGUAAAUAUUUCAAUAUUAUGGUGGCUGAUUGCCCUUAUCAACCCUCUUUCUGUUGCGGUAUAGUCAUUUUUCAGUGUCUUAAGUAUCCUUGUUCAAGAAUGCAUAUAAUGUCACCACGGAAUUCUUCCACAUGUAUAGUGAAUGAAAAUUUUUUAUUGAUAAUGUUGUAACUUAUCUUGAGUUGCUUUUUA